GCUUUACGCACUUCACGUGUGGCGUGAAAUCGCCGACUUCGGACGAGACGGAGCGGUACAUUUCUCCCUCGUUGUGUCCCCAUGUUUACUACAAAACUCAUCGUACCUUUCCCGAAGUCGACAUUCAGGUUUUUCAAGCGCGCUUCUCUUGCGCGGCCAUGUCUAACACGAAACCACGGCACCAAGGAAGCGUUCAAACAGCUUCUACAACGAGCUAUCAUCCAGGAAGUUCAUCCACCCGAAAACGAUAAAGUUGCCGAGCUGUUGUGCACGAAGCAGUGCGUCUACUGCGGUUUCGAUCCGACGGCCGACUCUCUUCAUGUUGGCAACCUUUUGGCCAUCGUGUUGAUGCUGCACAUGCAGAGAAUGGGCCAUGACGUCAUUGCCGUGAUUGGCGACUCAACGGCUCAAGUUGGCGAUCCCAGCGGUCGGCUCACGGAGCGCGACAAAAUGGCCGAGGACGUCAUCGAAAAGAACGUUGCCGGUCUUCGCUACAACCUGGAGACGGUGUUUACGAACCACGCAACCCACUUUUGGAAACCGAGCAAACCCAACAAGACCCUGAGCCCUCUGAGGAUAGUCCGGAAUUCGGAGUGGUACCUCGGCCACGACGUCAUAGGCUUCCUCGGUACUGUCGGCCGGAACUUCAGGCUGGGAAAGAUGAUGUCGAGAACGAGUGUACAGCAACGUCUAAACUCUAGUGAGGGCAUCAGCCUGGCUGAAUUCUCGUACCAGGUCUUCCAGGCAUACGACUGGCUGCACCUGUACGACAACUACAAGUGUCGAUUUCAGAUAGGAGGUGGUGACCAGCUCGGCAACAUCGAUUCGGGCCAUGACCUGAUCAAGAAAACAAGGUCGGAUGUGGCCUAUGGCCUGCUGGUUCCGCUCAUUACAGCAGAGUCCGGCGACAAGUACGGAAAGUCGUCCGGCAACGCGGUGUGGCUGGACCCACGCAAGACGUCGCCGUACGAUUUCUACCAGUUUUUCCUGCGCUUGAAAGACGCUGAGGCAGUGCAGCUCCUGAAGCUGUUUCUCUUUGCGGAUCUGCGGGAGCUGGACGCCCUCAUCGAAGCACAAAUGAGAACUCCCGAGAAACGAGUGGCUCAGAAGCGGCUUGCCGAAGACCUCACGCUACUUGUUCACGGUGAGAAGGGCUUAGAACUGGCGAAACGUGCCAGUGCAGUGCUCUUCGGUGGAGACGCUGCGGCCGAAGCGCUGCAGCAUCUGAAGGAGGAAGAGCUGCACCUGAUUUUCGGGGACGCCAGUUUCGCAACGCUCGCAUCCGAGGCGGGAACGACCAUACUGGACAUGGCCAUGAAGGCCCGCCUCUUCCCAACCAUGAACGACGCUCUCCGCAUUAUAACAGCCGGUGGGCUUUACAUCAACCAGUGUCGCGUGAGCACGCCGGACCACGUGAUUGUUCCCGGUGUCCACGUGUUGCCCAGCAACUACACACUAGCGAGAGUUGGCAAGAAAAACUACUACCUCAUCAAAUGGCUCGUUUGACAAACGA